GCCUGUGGUCCUGGGAGCCCCAUGUGGCUUCUCCGAAUUCCCAGAGCCUGCAGUGCCCGCGGGCCUCAGGGCAAAUCUUGGGGUCUUGCACUGUCAUCAUCUUACCCAGGCAGAAUCGACCUCCCCAGUGGCCCCCUCUCCUCUCCAGACAUUUGCCAGGGCCCUCAGAAGAAGCUCCCAUCUUCCCUGCUUCUUUCAGUCCUGUUUUAUUUUCUUCCCAGCAUUUGUCACCACUGCCCACAGCACCUGCAAGUUCAGGCGUUGGCUCUGUCCCCACUGCCUCAACCUCAAGGCGAGCUCAGGAGAAGAGAAGCACUUUGUUCCUCUGCACAGCUGUGUGUUCAGAGCCCGCAUAGGCACUGGAGCAUAAUAGGUGCUCAGUUAACUCAGGUUGAAAGGAGUGCAAGCGUCUCCUCAGCACAGCUCCAGACAAGUCCCAGGCGCUUCAGAGAUCCCAGCCAUGGAAGCUCGGGACCCAGGGUGCUUGUUUCUUUACUAAGCCUCCUUCCUCCCACAGUCCCCAGGCCCUUUCUCUCGGGCCAGUCCGUCCCCUCCGCCAGAGUCCACCCCCGGGUGGGGGUGGUGGCUGGCAGGGCUCCGGCCUCUGUGCACGCCUCUGGCUGGGAUCUGGGGGUUGCGGGUCUGCGCCCCCACCCCGCGGCCCGGGAGCCGCCCCGGGCAUGCUCAGAGCGCGCAGGUCCGGGCGGCGGCGAGGGUGGGGGGCGGAGGAGGGAACAGCCCCGCCGCCGUGCGCUCGCCGGGCCGGGCGGAGCUGCGCAAUCCUCGCAGCUGCGCCAGGACAGCGGCGCGGCCGUGCCCACAAGUUGCCGGCGGCUGAGCACAGCGCCGCGCCACCUCCUUCAGCUCGCAGCCCUCCUUGCCCACCCGGCGGUGACCGGCGCCAGGACGCACGUCCCGCGGACCCUGAUCCCAGAUGUGAAAGCGGGAUCCGCAGCUCCUCACCCCCGGCGCGAUCCACAGAGUCUAGCCAGCGUUUCCGCGGCCAGACCCCAAGGCUGGAAGAUGUGGCAGCCGGCCACGGAGCGCCUGCAGCACUUUCAGACCAUGCUGAAGUCUAAAUUGAAUGUCCUCACACUGAAAAAGGAGCCUCUCCCAGCCGUCAUCUUCCACGAGCCUGAGGCCAUCGAGCUGUGCACCACCGCCCCUCUAAUGAAGACAAGAGCUCACAGUGGCUGCAAGGUCACCUAUCUGGGGAAAGUCUCUACCACAGGCAUGCAGUUCUUGUCAGGCUGCACGGAAAAGCCAGUGAUUGAGCUCUGGAAGAAGCACACGCUCACCCGGGAAGACAUCUUCCCAGCCAACGCCCUUCUGGAGAUCCGACCUUUCCAAGUGUGGCUGCAUCACCUUGACCACAAAGGCGAGGCCACGGUGCACAUGGAUACCUUCCAGGUGGCCCGCAUUGCCUACUGCACCGCCGACCACAACGUGAGCCCCAACAUCUUCGCCUGGGUGUACAGGGAGAUCAACGACGACCUGUCCUACCAGAUGGACUGCCACGCUGUGGAGUGUGAGAGCAAGCUCGAGGCCAAGAAGCUGGCCCACGCCAUGAUGGAGGCCUUCAGGAAGACUUUCCACAGUAUGAAGAGUGAUGGGCGGAUCCACAGGAACAGCUCCUCCGAAGAGGUUUCCCAGGAACUGGAGUCUGAUGAUGGCUGAAUGAACUUGAGGUGCUCCGGCGAAGGCGGCAUUGGUCAAGGAGCUCAACAGGAGAGAUGAAGAAGCAACCAUUCAAAUUUGGGAUGAAAAGACUGCCAAAACCAUUGGCUGACCACGCUUUUUAAAUGCAGAUGAGCAAUUCUAAAUCUAAAGAAAUGUAUCAUUAAAGUAAUUACGUGACAUUGAAAUCUGCUGCUGCUGUGGCUCGGAGGAGGGUGGGAGCCAGGACGGGGAGGAAGGGUCUAGACAUCUUAUGUUUUCAAGUUCCAACAUCUCCUGCUGGGAGAGCUCCAUGCCAGUUUUCACCACUCUCAGGCAAACAUUCUGCAGCUGUGAGUGACAAGUGACGGACCAUUACAGUCUGCCUUAUGAAAUCCAACAGGAGUGUGUUGAGACACCGUGGGUUCCCUCCAGGGUGGGCAGGAGAGGGUGCUGAUGCUGGUGCAAAGCCGCAGUGGAAGCAAAGCUCAGGAUGACUGAGAGGGCCUCUCCCGUGCCAUGUUCAGACUCUCCUCAGUAUGCAAAUCAGCACAGCCUUCCUCCAGCUUUACAACUAACCACCCCAUAGUUGGCAGUUAAUUCGCAGUUAAAGAUAAUGCUUUUAUUUACACAAAUAUAUCCAGUAGUACCCUUUUAUUGUAUUCACUCUAUCUAUUUUCUUAGAAUACUUGCAACUACUAAUAAUGCCUUCCCUCCUUCUGCACUGCCUGCCCUCUUUCUUCUGCCAGCAUCCCUAGAGGGAGGGAUUCUCACAGCCUGCCCUGCAGGAUACCAAAAGGGAAGAAAACAAGAAAACAAAUGAAAUAACUAGAAAGCAAACCAACCAGGAGUUUAGAAAAACAGCAAAAAGCCCAGAAAAAGGCAGAGCAAGCAGCACGUGAGCCAACUCUUUGGGGGUGUCCUUCCCUCAACCCUGAAUCUUGGUAGCUUCCUUGGCUAAUGUCCUGUUGGAUGAGUCCUUCACGGCAAGCUUCGAAUCUGGUUUGGGACCACCAAGGAAGCCUUGCCCUCAUCACGUAACAUGGCACUCAGACAGGAAAGAAGUUAGAUAAACUGGGCCUGUCUAGAAAACCCAAGUCCAUCUCCAUGUUAGGGGAAAUCUUGCCUUGUUACCUUAAAGUUGCUGAUGUCCGAGAAUUCCAGUUGCCCAUUUGUUCAUUCAUUCUCCUGAGAAAGUCUCGCUAGGAAAGCACAGAUUUCUCAGCUUCGUGCAUCUUCCAGUAUCAUAAAGAGUCGACAUGGAAUGAAAUUGAAAGCAUUGGUGAAGAUACAUGCAUUUAAAACCGAGAACUGGUAAUUAUAUUUCCCAGGUAGUAUUGCUCCUGGGUGGAAGUCUGUUUUCAUUCCUGGUAAUGUUAGUGGCACCUUAGAAGCCUUACAGGAGAGCUAAUCUAAUUCAGAGAGUGAUGGUGUCGGCAUUUUGGUCUGUGUACUUGUGUGUCCAUAUAUAGGUCUGUGUGUGUGUGUGUGUGUGUGUGUGUGUGUCCCUGUGUGUGGGUCCAGUUUUCAGGCAUGAACAAUAAGCAUGGGGUCAUACUGAGGAAAACUUGCCUCUUGAAGAAAUGCUUGUCGCUUUAUGACAUAUGUACACAAUUCUUUCGCAUAAAUGCAUUCAUUCUUUAAUAAAAUAUGUUUGUGUUAAUCUGA